CCGGCAGGGCCGAGGGGGGGACGGGGUCAGGGCCAGGGCAGCCGGGUCCUGACGGUGGGAGGUUGUCUCCGGUGCUCUGUCCCUGCUGUUUGCUCGCCGGACCGCGCGGGCACGGCGCCUCUCCGUGAGGGGGAAUUAUUUUAAUACUGAUCACAGAAAUACAGUUGGGAAUUAUAAUGGCUUCAUUUCCUUGAUCUUCUGGACUAAGAGAGCUUUAAUGUUAUGAGUGCCAAGAACCAGUGUUUGUGCCCUGUUCCCUAAAACAGAAAUGGGUCUGCUCUCAGAAGAUGUGAUGCAGUAGAUGUGGUGCUUAGUCAUGGCAUCAGAACUGUAUAAAACAAUCUCUGAGGCAAAGCUUGAAAGGCACAAGAACUUGUUCUUAAAUUACCGAAAUCUCCGUCACUUCCCUCUGGAGUUACUGAAGGAUGAAGGGCUGCAGUACUUGGAGAGACUUUACAUGAAAAGAAAUUCUCUGACCACAUUGCCCGAAAACCUUGCACAGAAGCUUCCAAACCUCGUGGAAUUGUACCUUCAUUCAAAUAACAUAGUUGUUGUACCUGAAGCCAUUGGCUCCCUGGUUAAGCUGCAGUUUCUGGACCUGAGUGACAAUGCCCUGCAGAUUGUGUGUCCAGAGAUCGGCCGCCUGAGGUCCUUGCGGCACCUCCGCCUGGCAAACAACCAGCUGAAAUAUUUACCUGCAGAGGUUGGAGACCUGCGGGAGCUGCGGACUCUGGACAUCUCCACGAACCGCCUGAUGACGUUACCCGAGAGGCUGCACAUGUGCCUUUCGCUGCAGUACCUGACUGCAGACAGGAACCACCUGUGGUCUGUGCCCCGCCACCUGUGCCAGCUGCCCAGCCUCAACGAGCUCUCCAUGGCUGGCAACCGCCUGGCAUUCCUGCCCCUCGAUUUAGGUCGUUCUCGAGAACUCCAAUAUGUUUAUGUGGAUAACAAUAUUCACCUGAAAGGCCUCCCAUCUUAUCUGUAUAAUAAAGUCAUUGGUUGCAGUGGUUGUGGUUCUCCAAUUCAAGUAUCAGAGGUGAAACUGCUCUCUUUUUCAUCAGGCCGGUUAACUGUGUUCCUGCCAGCAGAGGUGAAAUCUAUAGGGACAGAAACAGAUCAUGUGCUGCCUUUGCAAGAACUGGCCAUGAGGACCCUCUAUAACACCUACUACAGGUUUUUGAAAGAUUUAAACUUUCUGACUCCAAUCUCACUACCCAAAAGCCUCUUGGAAUUGCUGCACUGUCCCUUGGGACACUGCCACCGCUGCAGCCAGCCUAUGUUUACCAUUGUCUACCCAAAGCUCUUUCCCUUGAGGGAAACUCCAAUGGCAGGAUUGCAUCGAGGGAGGACAACUGUUAGUUUUGUGGCAUACUGCUGCUCCACCCAGUGUCUGCAGACUUUUGACCUACUGAGUUGAUAAACAUUUCAACCUCCUGAGGAGUGCUGCCAGUGUAAAGCUGCAUUCAAUGCCGUGUCUCCUUGGUACUGGAAUACCGUGUGUGUGUGUGCCAAAGCAGCAGAAGUGCCCAGUCAGGAACACUCUGAGGCACUUAAAUCCUGCCCUAUCAAAUCUGGAUGAACUGCAGGAACUUUUCAGAAGUAUAAAUACCGAGCUUUUAAAAGUAUUAACUUCUCUCUCUCCUCUGAGGCAGCACACAAACCAAACACAUUCAUGAGCUCUGACUUCAGGAUUUCCAGUAUUUUUCGAAUGUGCCUGAUUUCAGGUUGACCCAUUGCAUCAUUUGGGGCAGUUGCAUUCCUCUAACAGGAAAAGAAAAAAAAAAAGUUCAGUUAUGGCAAACAAAUUUUCACUUACUCAUCCCUAUCCUCUUUCCCCUCUACAGCUGCAAUCAGGUGUAUUGCUAUAAGCCUGCAGAAACCUUUGAUGGAUCCCAGUGACUUUUCCAUAGAAUUCAGCCUUAUUUUCUCCCUCUCACCUUAAUGUUUACCCAAGCAGAGUUAUCCCAGUUGUAUACCAAGUCUUUGACAGUUCUCUGUGGUAUUUAAAUCCACAUUCUAAAAGCAGAUCUUUUCUUUCUAGUAUCAUUAAAUACCAUAGUGAUUUAAUUGGAGUAACUAGGAUAUGUCUGGAGACUGAAGAUCCUGUCUCAGUGAAGGCUGGUACUGAUGCCUACACUAAGGGCUCUUGCUCCAGCAUGUUUGAGGGUGGGUUUUCUUUAUUUUCAUUUCUUUAUUUUUAGAAAUAGUUCUCCUUUUGUUCCAUCGAGUUCUUCAGGAAGAAGACAACUUUAAGUAUCAAUUUCCCUUGGAAAAAACCCAACUAGUAAUAUGAUAGGAAAUCUUUGUGUUUAUUACAUUUUUACAGUUGCAGGCUAUAGAUCUGCAAAGAGCUGGUCUUGAUCUUUUUCUAGAUUUAGCAUUUGGCUGAUUUGUCCAAGUGUGUCAGUGGACUGUGUGCCCUUGGAGAAGGCUGGAAAUCCAGGAACAGGUGUGUAUCUCCAUCCACAGGUAUAUUUGCACACAUGGAUACCUGCACAGAAGGGCUGGGACAUUUGUUUUCAUACAUUAAUGGCAAAUUUGGUGUAAAUUGCCACUUACUAUCCUAUUUGUGGAAAUAAUUUUUUGUUAAAUCUUGUUCAUUUUAAAUAAAAAACAAAGCAUGGAAAAAAGGCCCAAAAUGCUUACAUGACAAAACAUUUUGAUUUUGUACUGAAACAGUUUAUUGUUAAGUGGUAUAAACCACUUGUUGAUUUACUGCUCUGUGCAGUAGGUAGUUACAAGUUGAAAUAGAUAUGAAUGAAACAGUUUGUUAUAAAAAUGGCAAGAUAAAGAGACUUAUUUGGUAGUGUAUUAGCAUAUGUUGUGGUGAGGUGUGCGUACUUUGAAGGCAGGAGGCAUUAAAAUGUUUUCCUGUUGCCAAAGAAGCAUUUGUUCCCUCUGCAGGCUUCCUGGCAUCUCUUCAAUAAAUAGAGUAUCUUAAGAGCUUAAAAGAGUACCAAAAAGGCAGUUUUGAGGAUGGAAUUUUUAGGUUGUGCAUGUUACUUGUAAAAAUCUUUCCUGGUUUUAUGGGGUUGGUUUUAGAGAGUUGAAUUAGCAUUAAGAAAUGUAGAAUUUAAUCCUUCAGGAAUGCAAGUAUCAUCUACUGCUUAAGAAUUGUGAAACUUUCUAAAAUAAAUCCCAUUUAUUAAAUCUGCUUUGCAGUAGGGGAAAGAGCCAUGUCCAAGCAGCCUUGGUGCUUUUGGAUUUCUGUCUGUGUCAUUUCCCAGGUUUGUUUCUGUGUUGGAAUCCCAGCAGGCCCAGCCACCCCACAGGGUUCAUUGCUGAGGCAGCAAAAUCCAUCUUCAGCUUUAUCCUUUUCCUUCAGUACCUCAGAGCUGAGAUGUAAAUUGCCCAUGUACAAUUAUAUCUGUAUCAGAAAUGUGCAAGUGUAGGACAGAAUCCACUUUUUUAAAAAAUAGAUUAUAAAAGCUAUGGUAGUGUUACAGAUAUUAAUUUUUAUAUGAUACUCUGAUCAAGAAUUUUCAGUAUUAUUUUUACUGUGGCUUUCCCUGUCUUUGAAGGAGAUGUUUUCUUGGAAGUUUUUGUCGUCUUUUUUAUAGCAAGUUGAAAUCACAGUUUAUAUCUGAAUUCAGUCUGUAAAUACUAUUUUGGAGUUAAAACUUGUUGUGAUCACCUAAAAGACAUGAGCAUUUGUUUCAUUAGGAGUCAAGAAGAGUGAAGCUUGAUUUUGUUAUUAUAAUUAUUUAUUUAUUAUUUUCUUUCUUCUUCCCAUAAUCUAGUUAUUUCUUAUUGAGUCUGUAUCAGUCUCUUUAUUAUUGUCUCCAAGUGCAGUUCAGAAGAAAUUUAGCCUGUUCUAUAAGCAGGAUGAAUCUUAACUAACACUUUAAUAGAUGAUAUUUCAAGAAUGGAAUGUUCAAUAAAUAAAUGACUUAAACAUGCAA